AUGGGCCGCUGGAGGCUGCCCGGCCCCGUGCUGGGCCUGCUGCUGCUCCUGUGCCCGCCGGGCUGGGCCGCCUGCCCGGCCGCCUGCCGCUGCUCCCCGGGAGAGGCGGACUGCAGCGAGCGAGGCCUCCUCGAGGUGCCCUGGAGCCUCUCGGCCAACACCAGCGCCCUGUGGCUGGCCCACAACUUCAUCUCCGUGCUGGGACCCCGCUCCUUCCCUCCGCUGCCGGGGCUGCGGCUGCUCAGCCUGGCCCACAACCGCCUGGAGCUGAUCCACCCUCAGGCGCUGCGGGGGCUCGGGGCGCUGCAGGAGCUGGACCUCAGCCACAACCACCUCAGCGUGCUCACCCCCGAAACCUUCCGGCCCCUCACCGGCCUGGCCACGCUCAACCUGGCCAGCAACAGGCUGGGGCAGCUGGAGCCCGGGGUGCCGGGCGCCUUGCCCCAGCUCCGGGAACUUCUCCUGCAGGACAACCCCUGGGUGUGCAGCUGCAGCAUCCUGCCCCUCUGGCGCUGGCUCAGCCACAACAGGGACAAAGUGCGAGAGAAGAGUUUGCUCCUCUGCAGAGUUCCAGAGCUGCUGAACAAGUAUCCGAUCAUGGCCUUUGGGGACGAGUCCUUCAGGCAGUGCCAGGACACCUCCCUGUCCCCCAAGCACUACAUCGCCUUCUUCACCAUCGGGCCCUUCUCCUUCCUGGCCAGCAUCUUCUUCUGCACCUUCCUGGGCUCCCUGGUCGUGUUCUACCACAGCCUGCGCCGGGAGUCCCACUGCUGGAGGAGACCCCGCAUCUGCAGGGUGCACUGA